UGUGAUGAAAAUCAGUGUAUACCAUACAGUUUGGUUUGUGAUACAAAUAUUGAUUGUCAAAAUGAACACAGCAUUGCAUAUGAAGAAUAUUAUGUUUGCUUGAUAGAAGGCUGUACUGACAAGUUUAAAUGUGACGACGGAAAAUGCAUUCCUUUUGAAAAGUUGUGCGAUUCACAUAAUGAUUGUGACGGAGGCGAAGACGAAACAAGAUGUAGUAUAUCGGGUUUGAUAUGUCCAGGUGGGUCUAAAUGCAAAAAUGGCAUGUGUAUCCGACCAGAUUGGAUGUGUGAUGGGAAACCACACUGCCAUGACGAAAGCGACGAAUCGCCUGCAACUUGCAACCCAGAAGAAUUCACAACACAGAUGAUGGAGGCAUCAACAAAUUCAUCAACCGAGGACCAACCAUCACGGGAGACAGAAGAACAAUCAAGAUACCAGACAACUUCUUCAAUGCAUCACAGUAAUGAUACUGACAGUCAACCAAAACGGGAGACAGAAGAACAAUCAAGAUACCAGACAACUUCUCCAAUGCAUCACAGUAAUGAUACUGACAGCGAUGAAAGUGGGAUUGAGACUAGUAGUGUUAGUGUCAGCGUAGGGGGAGUACUCUUGGGCAAAAACGACGAUGAUCUUCAACAAAUCAUGAACAGUGGUUAG